CAAUAACAGCAACGACAUUUUCUCAGCACAACACGCAACCCUCUGACAUCACUUCCGUGCGCGAACCGGAAGUAAGGCGAACGGCGUUUCUAGGGAAGCCUUGGCAACGGUUUCAGUGGAAGGCGAUGUGAUGAGUUGUUUGCUUCUAUAACUGUAACUAUAACAAGUAGUAAGCGCAUAUCAAAAUGAAGACUCCAACAUCAGCUACACAAACUAAUGCUGCUGCUGCUGCGCAUGGAAACCUGAUCAGCACAUCCAAUGCAAACCUUCCUGAACACAUGGAUGAAAAAACUUCAGUUGUAACCCAGGAUGCACAAGAGUUUCUAACAGAUCUGCUGAACAGACAAAAAACAAGGUUAAAUGAGCUGUCUUCCCACCUGUCCAGUAUGGCACUCUCAGAAACAUUUCAUUCAAGCUUAAACAGUAGCAUGCGCUGGCCAGUUGACAAACUUACUUGUGAUAAAGUGUCAACAUUACUGACAAAGAUGAAGGAUAUUGAUCUGGCUGCUGAUUCUGUUGAAACAUUAAUUGGGAAGCUGAAGGAUUCUUCUUCAUGUAUACUAAGGGCUGAUAAUGUUUCUAGCUUGGAUGUGAUCAACAUUUCCAAGCAAAAUGAUCUGCUCUGGAAAGAACUUGAAACAUUCAAAGACAUUAGAGGAAUUCUUGAAUGCUUUCUUCAAACACAUUAUUCCAAGUUCAACAAAAUAAUUAAUCAAGAGAAUCUGGAAGUUUUGAUGGGACAACUACUUGAACAUGAAAAAGAAAAUUUAAGACUAAGAGAACAAGUUGUUGAAAAAGAAGCAAAGCUUGAGGAUCUUAGCUGCCUUAUUCAGCAGGAGAAGGAUACUGCUGUGAAAAUCAACCAAGUUUCCAGAACUACUGAAGCUACACAUAUCCGCCUCCAAAACUUAGUAAAAAGAAAGGAGAAUGAGAAUCAGCAGAUGGCCACUCAGAUACAGAGUCUUGAAACUGGCAUUUCUGGUCGGAAACUGGAAAUAGAAGGCCUCAAACGUCAAAUAACACAUUUAAAAGAAAAGCAAACAGUUGAGAAAGAAGGUUUAAAAAAGGCUUUUCGUGUACAAAAGCAAAAGGUUGACCGUUUUCAGAAAGUCAUAGAAAAUAUAAACUCCCAAGUUAAAGAGAAGGAAAUAGAAUUGUCUGAGGCACAUUCCUCUUGUAGCAUCUGGAAGGCUCAUCAUGACUCUGCAGUGGAAACAAAGACAAGGUUGGAGGUUCAACAUGAAUCUCUUACCAAUCAGACAUCAGACCAUGUAAAACAUAUUAAAACAAUGGAGGACGAAAGGAAACAAUUAAAAGAAGAACACAUAGAGAAGAUGUCAGUCAUUAAAUUAGAAAAUGCCCAUUUCAGUGAAGAAAAUUUGAAACUAAAGGCAUCCAUUGCUGCUCUGGAAAAUGAAACUCUGAUAGUCAACAGUGAAUUGUCAGAGGUCCAAGAGAAAGCAAGCCAACAGAAACAUUUCGCUGAGCAAUAUGAAAAUCAGGUACAAAGGUUACAAGAAGAACUGAAUAAACUUAAAGAUAGAUUUGAAGAUGUUCUCAUAAAAAAGAAAACAAUUCUGGAAAACAAAGACUAUGAAAAUGAGAAGGUGAGAAAGCAACUGGAUGCUGACUUAGCCAAACUUGAGCAUGUUCCUGGCUUGCUAAAAACAGCGGAUCAGAUGUUGCAAGAGUGCCAGGAAAGCCUCCUGGUGAGCAAAGGAAAAUGCGCUGAACAAUCUGAAACCAUUAAAGAGCUUCAGAUUCAGGUUGACACUAAUGAAUAUUUCUUGGGAAAUGAGUCAUUUAAAACGGAAAAUGAUCGUAUUGCAAGAAAAUGUGAAGAGAUAGGAAUUAAAUUAGAAAAGAUGGUCAUGCAGAAUGAGCAACUUGAAUUGAAAUUAAAAGGCCAAGAAAGGGAUCUACAGCAGAGUGAAGCACAACUUGAAAGCAAAGCCAAAGAAUGUAACACUUUAAUGAGACUUCUUGAGAAUGCUGUGGAGGCGGGAAAAAAGCAGAUUUCCGAAGAAAACAAUAAAGUAUUGUCAAGCGAGUUGGCUCUUAAGCGGAAAUUGCAGAGCCUUGAAAGUGAGCUGAAAAGGAAAAAAGCAGAACACAAACAGCUUGCCUGCACAUUAAAUGCUUUUGAGAGAACCCAUAAUCUUCGCUUGGAGGAAAUAAGGCACAGCCUUGAAAUGACUGAGAGUCGAAACAAAAGCAUCCAGAGUUAUGUCCAGUUUUUGAAAACAUCUUAUGCCGCUAUGUUUGAAUGAAAUAAACAGGUUUUCUUAAUCAACAA